UGACAGUUCAAAAGUCAAAAUGAGAAAAGUAAAAAAAAAAAAUAAAUAAAUUUUAUUUAUACACAUAAAAAUAAUAGAAAUUUUCCCCCAGAGAGGAGCCCAUCAGAAAGCAUGGACGAACCAAAACAUCAUCACAAACGUUCCAAGGAAAAAAAAGAAAAGAAAAAACACAAAAAAGAAAAGAAAUCAAAAGUAAAGAAAAAGGAAAAGAAGUCAUCAAAAGAUAAAGAACUUAAAAGACUUGCCAAAGCUGAGCUUGCUGCUGCUUCUGCUAAUAAAACUAAACAAGUUGAUCCGUCAACAACAACGACAUCGGCGACAAGUCGGAAUGAUGAACCAGAUUUCUCAGUUCCAAUAGAUUUGAUGUACUCAAAAUCACACGUCCCAGAAACACCAGAAGAAUACCAAAAACGACAAAGUCAAAUUCGGCGAAUAAUCGAUCCCGAAACAGGGCGUUCACGUCUGAUUAAAGGCGAUGGUGAAGUUCUGGAAGAAAUCGUUAGCAAAGACCGGCACAAGGAAAUAAAUAAACAAGCAACCGAAGGAGACGGUCGGCAUUUCCAAAACAAAACAGUUGGCAGUUUAAAAUAGAAUAUAAACCGAAGAAUAUUAUGUCUUUACUUCGAGAUUAAUUAAUAAUAAUUCUUUCUUAUCUGCUGCUUAACAGACAGUAACAAUUUUUAGCUUGAAAAUACAUUAUUUAUAUAUUUAAAAUUUAAAAUCUUGAUUAACUUUGAAUUGAAAAUAAGAUUAUUAAACGUAGCUCUAGCUAUUUUAGUAGUAGUAAUAAUAAAAUAAAAGUUUUAACAUUAAAA